GCUAAGUUUAGGCAUAUGUCACAGCAGUACGCUUCUCACAAUCAUCUAUCAGACUGCGGUAUACUAUAACGGCAAUUUGCAUCGCCCACCAGCGCCUGAAGUUGGAGGUUACGUAUGGAAAUGUGGGACCACCGUGGAAUACUUAUACUGGCCUCCUAACGCCCGGUGCUGCACUGUGCUCUUCUGUCUACGCAGGUAGAAACGAGUACGCACCUCUCCCAAACCUUCUGCGCCGAGGUUGACCUCAAAGAGUUGGCGGAUAUGGAGUCGGACCCUAAGUAUAGCGAACGCUUCUGCUCGCCGGACUCAGACAUAACAGUCUCAUCGUCGGAUCGGGUACUCUUCAAGUUGCAUAGGACCAAUCUGGGAGUCCACUCCGAUAUCUUUCCUGGAGUCGAGGCGAACAUUCCCGUUCAAGACGAGAUCGUUGCCCUGGAGGAGGAGGCGUCAACGCUGGAGUUGCUGUUCCAAUAUGUGUACCCACAGCGGCAACCCGACCUGAGCAAGCUGAACGUACGCGAGCUGGCACUACUGGCUGAGGCCGCAGAGAAGUACUCCGUCUAUUCGGCGAUGGAAGUGUGUAGACUUUACAUGCAAGCGGCAAAAAAGAGGAUGCCCAUGGAGGUCUUGAUGUACGCCGCACGGCACGGAUACACAGAGCUGUGCGAUGAGGCCGCUCCGUAUACUCUCGACGCCGAUGCUGCUGUUGCUCUGAAGGUUAUGGAGGGCGAUUUGUUCAAGAAAUGGAUGUUAUAUCGCGAGCAUCGGCUACGGCACCAUAGAAGAAUAUACUAUUCAGCGAUCAACCUCGGACACACUCACGAAUUCGAGGAAGCGGAUGGGCCAGAAGAAUGCUAUCUGUGGCCUCCAUUUCUGUGGGCGAUCCUUCAAGAACUCGGAAAAUCGCUUGUGGCAAUCCAUGAUUCGGAGUCGCAGGAAUUGUUCAAGAAGCAUCGCCCUAUGCUCGAGGAUUGCGAAGAGUGCAUGAGGCGGUAUUUCAGUUUGGAGACCUCUGUUGUGACUGGGAGUUUCUUCUUGCCAAAGUUCACGGCCAUUCAGUGUUGAGAUACAGAGGGAUUCAUGGCUUACAGAUGAUCCGUCGAUGUACUGUGCAGAAAUGAUAUCCUCGUCUGAGUGCAAUCGAGUUGCUCAGUCCAAGACAUAUCGACAUUGACCAGAGUGAUUCGAGAUCAUCCCGUAUGUCGAUGAAACUGAGUGCAUGUCAAUAGCAUUGGGACGCGCCAGGAC